AUUCCCAGACCAACGCUUGGGAAAUGGCUAGAAUCUCGCUGUUCAUUAUGAAACAAGCACUCCUCCGGCUUGGGAGGGGCGCCCUCCUAGGAACCUGAUUUUGGGGGGGGUUAGUAACGCUUGGGAGGACCCAUUGUUCUGGCGCAGACAGCAUCUCAUAAGUACGUCGGGCGUGUAAAGCGAAUUACGUUGCGUUAAGUAUCGAGGGCACUAGGUGCUCUGUGCCUGAUCUCAUUUAAUCCUAACAACUCCGAGAAGUGGUUAAAAGAACAAUUUUGCUGAUCAAGAAGGGGAGGCUGAGCGGUACCUUGGGAGAAAGGUACAACACUCGGUGGUUAGACAGCUACGUUUGGAGCCAGACUGCUUGGGUCUACGUUCACUCUGCUGUUUGCUACUUUCAUGACCAUAGGCAAUUACGUAACUUUCUGAGUUUCAGGAGUUUUUUCUUGUUUUUGCAUUUGUAAGUGGGGAGUAGACAUAGUGUUAAUUUCAUAGGACAUGGGUUGUGUGAGGAAUAAGAGAGAUGACCCCUGUAAAUACUUAGCGCAGAGCCUAGCACAUGGUAUAAGUGUCCAGUCGUUAAUUAUCGUUAUUCUAGAAGAUUGCACAGUCAGGAGUUGACGGAGGUGAAACUGACUUCGGAUCUGGCUAUUCCACUACCUGGUACUGUCUCCUAAGGGUUGGGUUUACAAUAGUCUACUCACAAGAAACCGAUGGUUGCGUCACUAACCUGCCUUUGGGUGUCGUCUGGAGUGGAAGGGGUCCUGCUGUUUGUUGCUCUUUUUGAUUUUCAUGAUAUUUCUCCUUAUAGAAGAGGAGACCCAGGGUAUGUCUUUUGGUCUCUCUGCCAUGAUAUGGGACCAGUGAUCUUUUACUUUCCUCUGCAAACCCUCGAACUCACUGGGCUUGAAGGUUUUGGCAUAGCAUUUCUUUCUCCAAUAUUGCUAACCAUUAGUCCUUUCUGGAAAUUGGUUAACAAGAAGUGGAUGCUAACCCUGCUGCGGAUGAUUACUGUUGGCAGCAUAGCCUCCUUCCAGGCUCCGAAUGCCAAACUUCGGAUAGUGGUCCUCGCGCUUGGUGUGUCUUCGUCUCUGAUAGUGCAAUCUGUGACAUGGUGGACAGGAAGUGGUUUGCAAAGGUACCUCAGAAUCUGGGGAUUUAUUUUAGGACAGAUUCUUCUUCUAGUUCUUCGCAUAUGGUACACUUCACUAAACCCAAUCUGGAGUUAUCAGGUGUCCAACAGAGUGAUCCUGACCUUAAGUACCAUAGCCACCCUUGAUCGCAUCUUCACAGAUGGUGACUGCAGUAAACCUGAGGGGAAAAAGACUGGCGAGGCAGCCAAGGGGAUGGCCUCUAGACCUAACUGGUUGUUGGCGGGGGCUGCCUUUGGCAAUCUCAUAUUCCUCACCCACUGGGUGUUUGGAGAGGUCUCCCUCGUUUCCAGAUGGGCAGUGAGUGGCCAUCCCCAUCCAGGGCCGGAUCCUAACCCAUUUGGAGGUGUAAUUCUGCUGUGCUUGGCGAGCGGAUUGAUGCUCUCGGCUUGUUCAUGGUUUCCUGGUACCGGUGUAAUCUGGUGGGUUACAGGAGUGGCUUCAGCUGUGGGUCUCCUUUACCUGCCCACGUGGGCAGCCGCUGUUUCUGGCUGUGUGCUUGCCCUCUUCACAGCGUCCAUGUGGCCUCCAGUGCUUGGACACCUUGUUAGCUCUGGGUCAAGCCCUGGGAAAGCCAUGACCAUCGCCAUGAUAUUUUAUCUUCUAGAAAUACAUUUCUGUGCAUGGUGCACAGCUUUUAAAUUUGUCCCAGGAGGGGUAUAUGCUAGAGAAAGAUCUGAUGUGCUUUUGGGGACGGUGAUGCUAAUCAUUGGGCUGAAUAUGCUAUUUGGUCCUAAGAAAAGCCUUGACUUUCUUCUUCAAGCAAAAAACAGUCCUAAAGCGCUUUUCAGAAAGAGUGAAAAAUGCAUGAAACUUUUUUUGUGGCUGCUUGUUGGUGUGGGGUUGCUGGGAUUAGGAGUACGGCAUAAAACCUAUGGGAGGAAACUGGGCAAAGGGGCACCAGCCACAGAGAUCUCUGCCGCCAUCUGGGCUUUCAGGUUUGGCUACGACAAUGAAGGAUGGUCUAGCCUAGAAAGAUCAGCCCAACUGCUCAGUCAAACAGGUGCAGAUUUCAUAACAGUUUUGGAGAGCGAUGCUUCUAAGCCCUUUAUUGGGAACAAUGACUUAACCAUGUGGUUAGGGGAGAAGUUGGGUUUCUAUACCGACUUUGGUCCUAGCACAAGGGAUCACACUUGGGGGAUUAUGGCUUUGUCAAGAUACCCAAUUAUGAAAUCAGAGCAUCACCUUCUUCCGUCACCAGAGGGCGAGAUCGCACCAGCCAUAACGCUGACUGUUAACAUCUCAGACAGACUGGUGGAUUUUGUUGUGACACACUUUGGGAAUCACGAAGAUGACCUCGACAGGAAACUUCAGGCUAUUGCUGUUUCAAAACUACUGAAAAGUAGCUCUAAUCGAGUGAUAUUUCUGGGAUAUGUCACUUCAGCACCUGGUUCCAGGGAUUAUCUGCAGCUUGUUGAACACGGUAAUGUGAAGGAUAUUGACAGCACAGAUCAAGACAGAUGGUGUGAAUACAUUAUGUAUCGAGGGCUGAUCAGAUUGGGUUAUGCAAGAAUCUCCCAUGCUGGACUGAGUGACUCUGAAAUUCAGAUGGCUAAAUUUAGCAUCCCUGAUGACCCCGUUGAUUAUAGAGACAACCAGAAAGUGGUCACAGACCCCAGGGAAGUUCCUGAGAAAAUUCAUUUCAAUCCCAGGUUUGGAUCCUACAAGGAAGGACACAAUUUUGAGAACAACCAUCAUUUUCAUAUGAGUACUCCCAAAUACUUUUUAUGAGCUAUUUAAAACAAGAAUUCAUUGACUGGGCAAGUCUAAGGAAAACAAAAGUAUGCAAGAUAAAAAGAAGAGAUGAAUGAAAGUGGGAAACCACAUACAAAGAAUGAAAAAUAUGCUAUCUGUACAGGGGGAUAAUCCAUCAAUUUAUAAAAUAUAUUGUGUAAUAAAAGCAUUUCUCCAA